AUGAGCCAAUACCACUUCGAAACACCAAAGCUGGACCUCGAUCCGAACUUCAAAACCUUCUUCCAAGACUUCUACGCCACGUCCGACACACCAGAUGCCCAUGAACAUUAUGCAAAGUACUUCACAGACGAUGCAACGCUGAUUAUGGCGAAAAUCCUCGCUCUGCGCAAAUCCAUGUGGGAAAAAGUAUCGUCGCGCUCGCACAACCCCAUCAAGAUUUUUCCGUUUGGCUCGUACUCUGAUGAGGUGAUGCUGUACGGCACGGUCAAGUAUGGACUGAAAGAUGGGGGCGAGAAGGAGGUGGACUGGGCGGCGAGAGCGAAGUUGGUUAAUGAAGAUGGGAAGAUUAGGAUGAGCUUCUAUCAGGUUUAUUUGGAUACUGCACCACAGGCGAAAUAA